AUGGAAAAACGGGGACUCAACGGCGUCCUUUAUUAUUUCCUUCUUAAUGCACCCUUGUUAUUCUGUGUAAAUGCUACAUUUACUGAAGUGCCCAAAGAUGUGAGUGUCAGUGAGGGAGAAGACGUUGAGAUGCCGUGCGCCUUUCGGGCCAUCGGAUCAUCGCCCUUCUCGCUUGAGAUCCAGUGGUGGUACCUAAAGGAGACAACACCUAAAGAACAUGUACACGAACUGCAAAUAAGCGCUCCGGCGAACAGAGCCAAGGUCACUCAAAAGGAUGCCACAAAAAUAAGCACUGUGAGGGUGCAGGGCAGCGCCAUAUCUCACAGGCUUAGUCUGUCCAAGGUGCGGAAGGAGGACGAGGGGGUGUAUGAGUGCCGAGUUUCCGACUUGUACUCCGACGAGACUCAGGAAUACAAGGUUCAAGCCACCCUCCGGGUGAGUCCGCGUGAUGGCAUGGUGGCCGAGGAGGCCGUGUCCCACAUCCAGAAUAGAUGGCCACUGAGGAACAGCAAGGACGCGGUGGCAGGGGGGCGGGCUACCUCUGAGCCGGGUCAGGGAAAGCCUCGUGUGCCUCCUCCGGCGGGACAUGGCCCCCUUCCCGCCAGCACGACGACCACUGCCUCCGCAGCAAAGUCCUCAGCUUCGCCGAGGCCCGGCAAUGCGGCCAUCCUCCGACAGCAGCAUGGAGCAGGUUCUGGAGCCAUUACCACCACUGACCCGUUCCUCUUCAUCACUCUCCUGAUCCUGCAUAAGCUCCUCCCCUCCCUGUUUGCCCAGUAA